ACGGGCACUUUAAUAUAAGUUUUUAGUGCGCCGCACGUUUUUCUUGUAAAUAAAUAAAUAAGUAAUACAACAAGCAUCAGAAUGUUCCGCCUGCAACAAUCCCAACCAGAUCCCGCCGAGGAACAAAAACGAGUGGCUUCCGAAGUCCGCUUCAAUUUCAUCCUUUUUGGCACUAUUAUCGCGGUCGUCCGAUUGGCUCCUAUUGUCAUCCAGCAUUUGAACACGGCAUAGGAAUGAAAUUGACCAUAUUAAGAAAGAUCAAAUAUGUCUAUUAGCAGUUUACCUAUAUCAAGAAGUUAUCUUAUUUAGUUGUUCAAGCAAUUGUAGCGAAAUCUUAAAAACCGGCACUUAAAAUGCAUUUAUUUAAGCGCACUUUCGAUAAUUGUAAUACUUUUAAAGUUUAAAUCAAGGCGUUUUAAUAGCUUGGAUAAUUUGACGAGGUUCCUGAAAAGAAAAUGUUAUACAAUUGUGGAAAGUGAAUAAAAACAAACAACAAAUAUGUAA